AUGAGCAAACGACUCAGAGAUGCUGAGUUGAUGGGAGAAGACAUCAUUGACACUUACCUCUCGGAAGAGCCGCUGUGCGAGUCGAACCACCCGACAGAGAGUGAUGAACCGAAACUGCGACGCUUUGUCGUCGAUGGCCGAGAGAGUCUUCAACGGCCACGCCUGAUAGGCAAGGGAUUGCACGGCGUCGCGAUACUGGCAACCAUCAAAGGAGACGAAUACGUUUUGAAAGUUUUCAAGCAUUGGAAACAACCCGGCCCGGUCUAUUAUAGAUACGAUGAUGCCAUCCUCCUCUCACCGCUCGCGUGUGAAAGCAGAGCCUACGCUCGACUCGAUUCUCGCAAUGAGAAUGAUGGAAUUUGGGCCGCUCAGUGCUAUGGAUGGAUGAGACUCUCGGAUCCUCAAUUCCAGGAGCUUGGAAACGUUGUUGAUGUUAAUAAACAUGACCUGAGCCGGUGGGUUGUCGUUAAAGAAUACAUUCCAUCUCCGACACUGCCCUGCGAUCUUCCGGAGAUCUUCGCGAAUUUCGAAAUCCCGAAACGAGCACGAAUAGUGCCCCGGGACGCUCGACUCGACAACUACAGAGGGUCAAAGAUUGUCGACCUUUCGAGCGCUCUGACGGAGCCGUCUCCGCGAUGGACAAAGUUCAAGUUUGAGCUUUUCUACGGGAACACCACCUUUGGUAUCUUUCAAUGGUUCAAGGGAGUCGAACAUGCCUACGAGCCUCCUCCUCGGCAUCGCGACAAUCACCUUCUCACUAGGCCUUUGCCUUUAUGA